AAGCUCAUCGUCGUCAAUCGCCCACUCACCCACUCCGACAUCCACUCUCACAUCCCCAACUCGACCCUCACGAUGGUGUUAGAAGCUUCCAUGAUCGUUGUGGACAACAGCGAAGCAAGCAGAAACGGCGACUACGUACCCUCUCGGUGGGAGGCACAGCAGGAUGCCGUGAACCUCAUCUUCUCUGCCAAAACCGGCGCCAAUCCCGAGUCAUCAGUCGGUCUAAUGAGCAUGGGUGGCAGUACCCCGGAGAUCCUAACGACCCUGACCACGGACAUCGGCAAGGUCCUCGAUGGUCUCCACAGGACGAAGAUAAAGGGCAACUCUCACUUCGUGACGGGCAUCAAUGUUGCAGCUCUCGCCCUCAAACACAGGCAAAACAAGUCGCAAAAGCAACGGAUAAUCAUAUUCAACUGCAGCCCGAUCGAGGAAGACGAAAAGAACCUCAUCAAGCUAGCCAAGAAGAUGAAGAAGACUGGCAUAAACAUCGACAUCGUGGCCUUUGGUGAACUCAGUGACGACACCACCAAGAAACUCCAGGCCUUUAGCGAGAACGUAUCGAGCGGAGAGGGAUCGUAUCUUGCCACCAUUCCCCCGAGUGCAAACCUCCUCAGCGACUCUCUCAUCUCAACCCCGCUACUCGGCGGCGACGGUACAUCUGGUGCAGGAGGAGUGGGCGGCUCUGGAGGCGAGGGCGGUGCUUCAGGCGGCAACGACUUCGAAUUUGGUGUAGACCCCUCAGUAGACCCUGAGUUGGCACUAGCCCUAAGGAUGAGUUUCGAGGAAGAGAAGGCACGGCAGGACAAGGAGAAGAAGUCAAAGGACGCCGCAGAGGGCAAGACGGAGCUCGAGCCUGUGGCUGAGGGCGACGAGAAGCAACCGCUAUUAGACAAUCAAGGGCAGCCCAGCGGAAGCGGAAGCAAGGGCAAGAAGGACGACGAGGAUAAGAUGGACACGGCAUGAGCUUAGGCAGCGGGGGCACAGCGCUAUGAGACAAGUCGAUGGAGGCUAUGAGCCAUGGAUAGAGCAUCUACGGCUUCUACUGUACCACUAGA